CACCGAAUCUCAUUCAUUCGUACAAGUCUUUACCACCUUCUACACUAACGGCACGAUCAUGAGAUCAAUUGUUUUAUUCUUAGCCAUCGCUAGUUUCUCACAAUUGACAUUGGCUCAAAGAGAAAUUGAAGGAUUCGACGUGCUUGGACCUGUACCGUCAUUGGGACGAAGCACAGCUCAAUUAUACUACUAUUUGAGCACUAAUCUCGUGACAUGGAGUGAAGCCUUCCAGUCUUGCGUCGAUCAAGGUGGUCAACUUGCAACACCAUUAAACCCUCUCCUUGAUGAAGCACUUAGACAAUACAUGGUUACAGCUGGAGACGUUGCAUGGGUAGGUGGUAAAGCAGUCGGAAGCACGUGGCGUUGGCAGACUACAAAUCAGGCUUUCACUUAUCAAAUGUUUCCCGCUAACACACCCAAUUGCAACGUUGCAAGUUCUUGUUUACACGUCGGGCACAACACGUCUACAUUGGCAUGGUUCUGGUGUGGUUUCAACUGCACCCAAGCACGAAAAUUUGUUUGCGAAUUUUAAACGAUCGUCUCUCAGUUCGAAAUAUUGUGCAGAAUCGUUGAGCGAUUGUUUAGAAAAUUGUUUCUUGUAAAUUUAAAAAUUAAUUUUCGACUAAAAUAAAAUCCCUGCAUGGAAGGAACAUUAAAA